CUCUCGUCCGACCCCGCCCCGCCGCCCUACGGAGCGACCCCGCCAGUCGGGUCCAGCCUGCAGUUAACGCAAAACCGGGACGUCAGUGCCUCUCCGACAGCGGACCAAGGGUUGGAGCCCCAGACGCUGGGACAGGCCGCCCGCAGACCACCCCCGCCGCGCGCGGGCCACGACGCCCCCCGCAGGACCCGCCCAUCAGCCCGGAAACCCCUGAGCUGCGUCUCCCAGAGACCGAUGCCCACCCGGGAGCCCCCCAAGACUCGCGGCUCCCGGGGGCACCUGCUGCAGACCUACCCGCCUGGGCCAGGGCCCCCGCUGCAGGGACUGACGCCUCGAGGCCUCAAACCCGGCGGCCCCCGCCCUCCGUGCCAGCCCCAGCCGGGACCCCACAAGGCAAGACCGAAGACGAUUGUGUUCGAGGACGAGCUGCUCUCCCAGGCCCUCCUGGGCGCCAGGAAGCCUAUUGAAGCCAUUGAAGCCAUUCCUACGAGGCAUAUGCCUAGGCCCCACCCAGUGCCCGACUAUGAGCUUAAGUACCCACCGGUGAGCAGCGCAAGGGCACGGAGCCGAUACGCCGCAGUGUUCCAGGACCAGUACGGAGAGUACUUGGAGCUCCAGCGGGAGGUGGGGUGCGCACAGGCAAAGCUCAGGCAGCUGGAGGCCCAGCUGCGCUCCCUGCCGCCACCCCAAAGCCAGAAGGAGGCCCAAGUUGCAGCCCGAGUUUGGAGGGAGUUUGAGAAGAAGCAAACGGACCCUGGUUUCCUGGACAAGCAGGCUCGCUGCCACUACCUGAAGGGUAAACUGAGGCAUCUCAAGACCCAGAUCCAGAAGUUCGAUGACCGAGGAGACAGCGAGGGCUCUGUGUACUUCUGAGUGCUCCUACAGACAGGCAGAGGGACACGUGGGGAUGCAGGUCCCUGGCUUUUCUUGGUAUCUCUCAGCCUUUCCUCUUGCAGUUCCCCCUACCAGGGGUAGCUUUCUCCACAACUGCAAAUGCCUCUUCAUUUUGGACUCAGCUUUGACAGCCCCUCCGCCAGGCAGGCCUCCCAGGACUUCCUCCUCUAGGACUCUCGCUCUGACCCUACAGGGACUCCAGAUCUCAACCUGUUCCCUGGAAGUAGGUCCUGCUCUCCAUUUCAGUGAAAUAAACAUGUAUUAGACACCUA